GGAGCUUUCUAAUAAAGACUGCUGUUGCGCAACUAUCUCUGCAUCUGAGUCCUAUUGAGCCCGAUCCUGACACUGUACAGCAUACCAGAUCCACUGUCCUUGGACCCUCGAAACAAGUUAAUGAGUUACAGGGCAGGAAAAAACAACAUAAAUUUUUUAAAAGCCCUCAAAUAAAAGAUCUGCAUCACAAAUUAAUGACAUUUAAGGCAUGUGUAAAAAAAUUUAAUGCAUUUUCUCUGAUAAACUAACUUUAAAUGAUUAAAAGUCAUGGUCAGAUUUUACUUAAAACCAGGUUGAAUACUUUCAUUCGGAGUUUGAUAUAUUAUUAUUUAUCCAGUAAUUGCUGCUUUAUUAGUGGAAAAAUCUAUUGUAGCCAGACAUCUUUAAAUCUUUCACAAUGUCUAGUGAAAAUAAUUUGAAAUAUAUAAUGACACCAAACAUAGAGCAAUUUUUCACAUGAUUAUAUACAAAGAAGUGCAAGGUAUAUUUAAGCAAUUUGCUAAGAUUGAACUUGAGUAGAAAAAGUGACUGAUGUCGCAGGGCCUUGCAGUGUGUUGUGUGUGGAGGACUAAUCACAGUGGAUCAGGAUCAGAGCUGCUGCUCAGCUGCUGAGAGCUGGGAAGCUCUGGAGGAGAGAGCUGCUGCCACGGGUGAAGCUUCUCAAUGUAUAAACAAGCAAAUUCUGCUCUGAUCUGAAGACAUUUACUGGCAGAAUAGCUCAGUUUGCUUUGUCAACUCUUUGGACUGAAAGCGGAUUUGUCUUCACCUUGCUUGCUGUGUAUUAGCUUACAGCUAGUGUUCAAUAAGGUGUUCUGGCUGUAUCGGUAAAUAAACACAAACAAUCCUGUGACCAAAGCAGUAUUAUACUUGAUUGCUGAGUCUCAUUCCCAGGAAUUUGACUGGAAUUUCUCACCUUUAUGUGGAAUGUUGAAAUCUUCUUGGACACAUGAACUGACACCAACAAAGACCUCUUGCUGAACCUGAAUAGGGCUCAAGGCGUUCAUUCCUUUUAGUUUAAAUACCUAAACUGAGAUGUUUUGACACUUUUAAGCACCCUUUCAGUUAGAAAUCAGUAACAACCAGUGUGUCCUUUGGUAAUAAGGUCAGACUGCUGCUGUGGGAGUCUCCUGACUUGAAAAGGUUAUAAGCAAACAGAGGCAGAGUUUCAGCUCAGUUAGGAGGGAAUCACAGUGUGACUACAGUAGAACAAUAGAUAAGUGUUAGGAUUUCUGCAAUUUAUUUAAUGAUGUUGUUUUUAUAUCAGACUUUGUUUUAAGCAAAAACAAAAAAAGAAAGAAAAAAAGGAAUUUUAGAACAAUUUAAACCUUUCUGAAAACUCUUGUGCAACUGUUGAAUAGCUUUAUGUUGUAUCAUCUCUUCCAAACUUUUCACUGAAGCUACAUGAUGUUUGCAGGGUUGAAACCAACCAUUCCACCAAAUGGAAAUACACUGAAGGUCUUGCUUAUCUUUUUAUACACAUUUAUUCAAAGUCAUCCUGACAUAUUUUGUAUAUUUGGCGUCUAUCUACAUGUAGCUGAGUUUAUUGUCUGUUAAAAGGGCUGAAGAGAUUUAAUCAGGUUGUAAUUAAAACUGUUGUUUUUUUCUCUGCAAGUCAUGACAAACUCUACACGUGUUCCAUGUUUCAUACUUGCUGCCUACUUUGAACCUGGGGUUUUUAAAUACUUGUAUUUCGUGAUUGUCAUGUUGUUAUAUAUUUUAACUGUUUGUGCGAAUUUAUUUCUCAUUGUGGUUAUCUGCAUGAACAGAAGCUUACAUGAACCUAUGUACAUUUUCCUGUGCAGCCUGUUUGUAAAUGAACUGUAUGGUAGUACAGGGUUGUUUCCAUUCCUGCUGGUUCAGAUCCUCUCUGACGUUCACACUGUUUCUGCUUCACUUUGCUUCCUGCAGAUUUUCUGUGUGUACACAUAUGCAAGUAUACAAUUUAGUAAUUUAGCAGUCAUGUCUUAUGACAGAUAUCUUGCUAUCUGUUGUCCUCUACAAUAUUAUAAAUGUAUGACGCCUAAAAAGGUGGCCAUACUUAUUAGUCUAACAUGGUUGUAUCCAUUUCUCGCUAUUUUUAUUUUGAUAUCGUUGAGUGUUCCUUUACAGCUGUGUGGGAACAUCAUUAACAAAGUGUACUGUGAUAACUACUCUAUUGUAAAACUGGCCUGCUCUGACACCACAGUCAAUAAUGUCUACGGGAUAGUUUACACCUUAACAACAGUUAUUCUUGUACUUUUAAUUUUUUACACGUAUAUAAAGAUUCUUCAAGUUUGUUUUUCUGGUUCCAAACAAACCAGACAAAAAGCUGUCAGUACCUGCACACCUCACCUGGCUUCUCUGAUCAACUUUUCUUGUGGUUGUUUCUUUGAAAUAGUGCAGAACAGGUUUGAUAUGAGUAGUGUUCCCAUUAUGUUACGCAUUUUUUUAUCUACAUACUGGCUUACAUGUCAGCCGCUCUUCAACCCUGCAUUGUAUGGCCUGAAUAUAACCAAAAUCCGCGUUACAUGUAAAAGUGUUGUCUUUGGUAAAAUGUAACCUUAUACACUUUAAUGAUAUGUUUGUACUUUAUUGUAUGUCUGUCCAGAUAGAUUCUUCCUCUGUUGUUCUUUUUUUAGUUUUGUUUCCCAUUAAAGGUUUCUUCUUGAU